AUGAGUCGAAAGGAUAAAGAUACUCAGCCAUUGCUGCUCAAUGAUGAUCAUGGACAUGGACAUGAUCACGGAUCACAUGGACAUGGACAUGGAGGACAUGGAUCACAUGGUGGACAUGGAAAGGAAAGGAGUGGAGGAUUCAAUUCAAAGUCAUUCGCACUGAUAUCGAUUGGUGUACUGACGUUGUUUUAUGUAUUGGCCGAACUGACGGCCGCUAUUUAUACUGGAUCGUUGACAUUGCUGUCGGAUGGCUUCCACAAUCUGACCGAUGUCAUCUCGUUGUUUGUAGCGUGGUGGGCACAGAAUGCUGCCAAGAGGGGCUCCGACGACCAGAUGUCCUACGGCUGGGCACGUGCUGAAGUGCUCGGCGGUCUGACCAACGGCUGCUUCCUCAUCUCGAUGGGCAUCUACGUGGCGCUCGAAGCCAUCCCUCGCUUCAUCCACCCCCAGCCAAUGGAGCAGGGCAUCGUCUUCAUCUCGAUUGCUGCAUCUGGUCUGGCCAUCAACACGCUGGGCACUAUCGUCUUUGCCUGCACGGGCCAGGCACAUGCACACAGCCACGGCGGUGGCGGCGGCGGACACUCGCACGCUCACGGCGGCACCGAGAAAAAGAAGGAAAAGAAGGAAAAGCAUGGACAUGGUCACGGCCAUGACGGCGCCGAGAAAAAGAAGGACGGCCACAAGAAAGAGAAGCAUGGCCACGGUCACGGACAUGACGCCGAGCAAGAGCACGGCCACUCACACCGCGCCAGCGCCAAGUUUGACGACGAGGACUUUUGCGAUCACGGCCACUCACACGGCGCCGAGGCCACCAAGAAAAAGAAGGACAGCCACAAGAAAAAGGACAAGCACUCGGACGGAAAGAUGUGCGGCAUGGACCUCAACAUGUUUGGUGUGUUUAUCCACUUCCUCGGCGACGCCAUCGCCUCGCUGUUUGUGCUGGUCACUGGAAUCAUCCUGCAGUACUCGAGCGGCGGCUGGACCGACUACGUCGACCCGGUCAGCAGUCUCAUCAUCAUCGGUUUGACCAUGCUGUCGUCGGUGCCUCUGGUGAAGCGCGCAUCACUCAUCCUUUUGCAGCAGGUGCCCAACGGCGUCAACCUGGACAAGAUGCGCACCAAGAUCAGAAAGGUCGAGGGUGUGCUCAGUCUGCACGACCUGCACGUGUGGCAGCUGGUGGACGGCAUGACGAUUGGCACAGUGCACGUUGGCGUGGAGGAGGGCUCGGACUUUGCACUGAUCGUCGAGUCUGUCAAGCCCAUCUUCCAUCACUACGGCAUCCACUCCACAUCCAUCCAACCAGAGUUCAUCCACAAGAACAUCAAGGACUACGACUUUUGCGCACAGAACUGCAUUCAAGAGUGCGAGGAGGAGUGGUGCUGCAAGAAGACCGCCGAAAAGGUCAAGGAGAGAGGACUACUCUUUGCUGUCUAA